CUUGCCUCAGUCGAACGCCAUGUCCGGUGUUAUGUAGCCGUCUGUUGGUGCCUGGGACGCGGACGGGCUGUUGCAUCGUGUGACCCACCCCCCCCCAGCAGACAGUGGACAACAUGGCGGUGUGGUGCUUCGCCAGCAGAGCGCUCACAUCCAGCGGACGUCUCGGUGUUUACGCCAGAAAACACACCGGUCGGUAUCUGUGCGUCACGUCUGUCCCCGGUGCCUCCUCCGCUCCACUAGGGACCCGAGUCCCGCGGUGUGAGGACACCCGGGACACGACACCUGUCCCGGGUCCGUUCGUGUGUCACCAGCUGUCUCACAGGAGCCUGCUGAAGAUCCAGGGCCCGGACACGAGCCCCUUCCUCCAGGGGAUCAUCACCAACGACAUGGGGCUGCUGGAGGAGCCGGGACCCGGAGCCAUGUACUCGCACAUGCUGAACGUCCAGGGGAGGACACUGUAUGACGUCAUGUUGUACAGUCUGAAAGAAGCUGAUCCUGGACACGGCAUUUUCCUGGAGUGUGAUGCUACUGUCAAGGACUCGAUCUUAAGACACUUGAAGGUGUACAAGAUUCGGAGAAAGGUCAACAUUAGCCCCUGUCCAGAACUCUCUGUUUGGGCGGUGCUCCCCCAGCAAAACAUCUCUGGCCAGGAGGCCAGUCAACCUGAGCUGUCCUCCCCUGAAAAGACUCUGGUAUGGGAGGCUGAUCCUCGAACUCAGGAAAUGGGCUGGAGGUUGGUGUUGGACAGUAAAAUUAACCCUUGGGAUAUCAUUGCAUCAUGUCAGAAAGGUGACACAGAGGAUUAUCACAGACAUCGUUAUGCAAUAGGACUUCCAGAGGGAGUGAAGGACCUCCCUCCAGGGGUGGCACUGCCACUAGAAUCAAAUCUCGUCUACAUGCAGGGCAUCAGUUUUAGCAAAGGCUGCUACAUCGGCCAGGAGCUCACAGCCAGAACCCAUCACACGGGGGUGGUUAGGAAACGCCUGAUGCCGGUGCGCUUGUCAGCUCCACUGCAGGACCUGGAGGAAGGAGCUGCAGUGCAAACGCAGUCAGGCAAGCCAGCUGGGAAGCACCGGGCAGGGAUAGGAGAGCUGGGUCUGAGCCUAAUCCGCACGGCUCAUGCAAACGAGGUGUUGACACUCAAAUGUUCUGAUGACAACACAGUGACACUUAAGGUCUCUGUGCCAGACUGGUGGCCUAAAGAUGUGGAAAUUAACUGAAGGCUUUGACACACAUCACAUGUGACAGAUGACUUGCAGACAGAACUCUGAAGUACAGUAUGUACAUUGCUUUACAGAUGUCUGGCACUAACGUAUAUAUUUGUGAGAUUUGUUUUCCCUUUGCAAUAAAAUCAGAUUUUUAUGGAGAUUUCUCCCUAAAUUUGAAGUAUUAAUUAGAUCUUGUUAAAAGAUUUGUUCUAGUUUCAUACAACAGUGUGUACCAACUGUCAUAUGGUAUAAGUGGUCUUUUAAAUCUCAAGAUAAAAGACUCAAUCAACGUGUGUAUUUUUUAAAUUUAUUUAUCUAUUUAUCUUUCAGUGCAAAAAAAUCUAUUUCAAACAUUCACAGGCAACAUUUGAGAUUGCAAUACAUCUCAAACCAAACAAACAAACGCCUAUCAUCUUUUAUACUCCAAACAAAUUGGCACUUCAAGCUCUUUCCAGGUGACUAUCCACUGUAGGGACCACACAGAACAUCCUAUUCCUGAUAAAGGAGAUGCUGCCCUCUUGUGGAUUGAAUGGUGUCCCGAAUUUGCUGUAGCAUGGUUUCUGGCUGCAGAGCCAGUGUUGAAUGAUCGAGCCGCUUAAAGUCCUCAUUGCAGAGUAGACAUUCAAGUACGUGAGCCACUCUCUGUAGGUCGAAGGCAGCAUGGUAAGGUCCGAGUGUGGUAAGCGUCUCCGAGAGAUGCCGUGGGUAAUCGGGGGAAUCCCCCGAGGAGCAAGCGUUCAGGAAGGCCAUUCGGUUGUCAGAAAUUAUUUUCAGGAACGAUGCGAAUUCAGCAAAAUUAAUACCAGAGCAGGCCUUCAUGAUGACCUGAAUUGAAACACAACAAUUACCUUACUUGUUGUUUACAUACAGGGCAGCAGAAUGUUACCAGACAACACACACACAGAUCAAUCUUAUCUGAAAAAAGUAUGUGUACCUGACAGUGCUGAUGCCAGGAAUCCAUCGUGUUUCUCCACUCGUUUAUCUCUUUUUGAACGGAUGAAAGUUCAUUCUGAAGGAACUGCCACAUGAUGUCAACGUUGCAGCCAUUCAACCAGUUGUGAUUAAUAGAGAUGGUAUCUUCCUGUAAAAAAAAUCCACAAUCAAACUGCUGAUGCUAAUAAAACACUUUUGCACAUUGGAAAUAA